AUGGGCCGCGGGAGGACGGAGAUGAAGAGGAUCCACAACGACGUGUCGCGCCGGGCCACCUUCGGCAAGCGCCGCCGCGGCCUGCUCAAGAAGGCGGGCGAGCUCGCCGUGCUCUGCGGCGUGGACCUCGGCCUCCUCGUCUUCGACGACGGCGGCGCCGGCAAGCUGUUCGACUACUGCAGCCCCAGCACAAGCUGGAGCGAGCUAAUUGAGCGCUACGAGAGCAUCACCAACCACAAGUUCCAGUUCCAGUUCCAGUUCCAGGGGAUAGAUCAUGAUGAUGAUGAUCAGCAACCGUUGGCGGAUCUGAGGCGUGAGCGUGACCGUCUCGAGGCCAGCGUGAGGAGGCAAACCGGAGAAGAUCUGCCAUUCGCCGCGACGGCGGCCGAACUGGACGAUCUGGAGCAGCGGCUGGAGUGCGUGCUGGGCGAAGUCCGUGAAAUGAAGGAUAAGCUGCUGGAGCAGCAGUUGGACGAGUCAUACCACAAGGUGCGCAUCUUGCAGGACCAGAACAGCUUCCUUCGCCGCCUGAUGGGCCAGGAGGGGCAGCAAUGUGCUGCUGUGGAGGCAUCAGCUGUGGCGCCGAAGCUACCGGCGCCGGCGCUCGGGGGAUCCUUCCCAGAGGAGGAGGAGUUGACGGCCCUGCGUUUGUGGCCGCGGCAGCUCCCCGACGUGUAAGGCAUAUGCCUGAAGCCCAGCCUGCAACUCCGGUGAUUAAGGUCGAAGGGAGAUGAUAGCCUGACGGAACACAGACGGAGAUUAUAAUUGACGAUUAGUUAUUAAGAAUCUAGCUUAAACUUACUAGUAGCAGGCCUAAGGAUCCGACGUAUGUUCAGAGAGCAUGCAUAUAUACGUUAACAAGUAGCAGACGGACGCCAGUAUUUUGCUCCGCACAAUUUCCUGUACGACUGUGUGAGCAGCACUCCCAAAUCCCCAUAUGUAAGUAGUGUCACGUUGGUUCAUAUGAAUUUU